CCUCGAGUCGGGUCAUCAGUCUGCUUGGACGCCCGAGUCUACGAGGUCUAUCUCUCUCAAACAAGCCAAGUCCAUAGCUACCAGUCAUGGGUCUCGCUCAGAAGCUAGCUCAAGCAGCUGUUGCAGGUGCAGCAGGUCCAACGGGUGCGGCGGCCUUUGGUCGACCACCCAACUCGCAACUGCCUUCGUCAUCGUAUGCGCCCACACCGGGACAGCACCAGCAGCAGGCCUUUGGUGGCGUUGCACCGGGUGGGUAUGGUCAGCAGCAGAGGCCGCCUGCUCAAGGAUAUGGUCAGCAGCCACAGCAACAGCCUGGUCAGUAUGGUCAGCAGCCACAGCAUGGUUAUGGCCAACAACCUCCACAGGCUGGCUAUGGUCAACAGCAGCCUCAGCAAGGGUACGGUCAGCCGCCCCAGCAGGGUUAUGGACAACACCAGCAACCAGGCCAAUAUGGGCAGCCACCACAGCAGCAGCAAGGCUAUGGACAGCCUCCACAGGCCGGUAUGGGUGGUGGGAACAACAAUCAGCUCUUCCAGUUGCUCGAGGGAUGUGUGCGUGAUCAGCGUAUCGGUGCCUUUUUCAGUCCUGCCAGCUUGCAGCAGAUUAUGCAGCAAGGCGACUUGAUGGGCAAAUUGCAGCAUCUUGCUCAAACUUGGCGUAUUCCAACUGAGAUUGCAAUUGACUUAGUCAAAAUUGCAUUGUUUGACAUUAUCAUUCUUGUGGAUGACUCUGGAUCUAUGUCCUUUGAGGAAAACGGCGAGCGUAUUGAGGAUAUGAAGGCGAUCCUCAACAAGGUCUCUGAAGCAUGCAGCUUGUUUGAUCAAGACGGCAUUUCUGUUCGUUUCCUCAAUGCCAAUGUCCAAGGCGACAAUAUCCGCAACGCCAACGAUGUUCAGCGUCUUGUCUCUCAAAUCAAGUUCCAGGGUUUGACACCACUCGGUACAUCGCUUGAACAAAAGAUCCUGGACCCCAUGGUUCAUGGACCUGCUCGCCAAGGAGCCCUUCGCAAGCCAGUGUUGGUGAUUGCCAUUACAGAUGGUGCACCACAAGGUGAAGACCGCAACAAAAUUCAACAAGUCAUUCUGCGUUCGAAGCGCGAGCUGCAACAGACGCAGUAUGGACCGGAUGCCGUUAGCUUCCAGUUUGUUCAAGUUGGCUCUGACUUGAAGGCGCGUGACUUUUUGGGCCAGUUGGAUCGUGACCCACAGGUUGGAUCGAUGAUUGAUUGUACGUCUGAUUAUGAGCUUGAGGCGGAUGAGAUGCAGCGUGCAGGUGUUACCAAUUUCGAUCCAAACGUCUACAUGGUCAAGCUUCUGCUUGGAUCUAUUGACUCCUCGUAUGAUUCACACGACGAAGGCAGACGCUAAGAUUCCUUCUUAUUUACGUAUUGACAUUAGCCCCUUAGCCCAACGAAGACAUGCCAGCAACAAUUGCGCCUGUUACACGAUUUGUCGUCUUGUCCACAUCGACAUGCACACCCGGAUAUCGCCAAGUAACCCAUUUCGCCCAUGACCAAAACGCAAAUUGUCGUCCAAAGUAUUUGCCGAGGUAUGGCAGUAAGAUGAGAUUGGCAAGGGUACCGAGUUCUUGCAUGGAUUGAUGCCAGUGCCGAUCAGCCGAGUAACGAUCGUCUUGGUCGCUUAGAUCUGAAUAGUCGUCGUCACUGCUUGAAGCAACAGAACUGGUGUAAGAGGUUGCUUUGAUUGGCGUGCUUUGUGACACAGCUGUAUCAGUGAAUGUGGUCGUUGCGUUCUUCGAAUCUGCAGAUUCUGGAGUAACGUCGAUGCCUG